CUCUGUAUUCCCAGGACUGUCCAGAGGAGAAGGUCCCAGAGAAUCCUCAGAUGACAAAUCAGACUGAUAUUAAAGUGGAGGAUGAAGAAGAGAGGAUGAUGGGCGAUCUCCCUUGUAAGAGUGAGAUGGAGGAGGACAUUCCAGGAGAUGUCACCACAGAAAAUCCCAGUAAGAGUUCUGACGGAAACCUCAUGUUAUCACUAAAUUAUAAAGCAGAAGAUGAAGAUAUCAUGCAGUGCUCUUCAGGAGAAAAUGUACAUCCAGGACUUCACAGUACAGAUCUAUCAAGUAAUCUCCCUAAUCAUGAGGGACUGUCUCUUGACCAAUCACGGACUGUUACAAGUACAGAAAAUCCCAGUAAGAAUUCUGAGGGAAACAUCAUGUUAUCACUAAAUUUUAAAGCAGAAGAUGAAGAUAUUAUGCAGAGCUCUUCAGGAGAAAAUGUACAUCCAGGACUUCACAGUACAGAUCUAUCAAGUAAUCUCCCUAAUCAUCAGGGACCUUCUUCUGACCAAUCAAGGACUGCUACAAGUACAGCUCAGAAAGGGGGUAAAAGGUUUCGCUGUGAUGAAGCGUUCACAAAGAGUUCAAGACUUUACACAGGAGACAAACCUCAUACGUGUUCAGAAUGUGGGAAAUGUUUUACAAAAAAAUCUAAUCUUGUGUUACAUGAGAGAGUUCACACAGGAUUGAAGCCAUAUUCAUGUUCAGAAUGUGGGAAAUGUUUUGCACGAAAAUCACACCUUGUUAGACAUGAGAGAAUUCACACAGGACAGAAGCCAUAUUCGUGUGCAAAAUGUGGGAAAUGUUUUACAGAGAAAUCAAGUCUUGUUUGCCAUGAGAGAAGUCACACCGGAGAGAAACCAUAUUCAUGUUCAGAAUGUGGAAAAUGUUUUAAAAGAAGAGGACAACUCGUUAUACAUCUGAGAAUUCACAAAGGAUAGAGAGGCCGUAUUCAUGUUCAGAAUGUGGGAAAUGUUUUAUUUUUAAAAAUCAAAUCUUGUUAAACAUGAGAAACUUCACACAGGAGAGAAACUACAGUCAUGUUCAGAAUGUGGGAAAUGUUUUUUAAGUGAAUUAAAUCUCAUUAAACAUGAGAGAAUUCACACUGAUGAGAAGUCUUAUUCAUUGUAACAGGGAGCUGGCGACACGUUCUCCCUCUGCAGUGCCGCCGGUGUCCGCGUCUCCAUGGUGACAUAAGGGCGAGGAGGACCCGCGUGCGCACGUCUCCUCAGUGUGGCCGGCGUCCUCCAUCUCCUAGACAACGAGCAGGUGGGGAACUGAGCACUAAUGUUAAUGAGUCUGCGCUCAGGUGUACUGAGAGUUUUUUCAGACCCCAUCAAUAGCGGCCUCCUCUUUUCAGAAUCUUGAGCCUCGUGUUAAAUUACCUGACCGUUUUUCAGGGGACUGUAAGCAUUUUUUUACAUUUAAGGAGAGUUGUAAGCUUUAUUUUUGUCUACUCCCACACUCUUCGGGUUCCGAACAGCAAAGAGUGGGCAUUAUUAUCUCCUUGUUGAAGGGAGACCCACAAGAAUGGGCUUACUCUCUUCCCACGGACUCCCCUUUCUUAGCUACUGUUUUUUUCAGGCUUUAAGCUCUAUGAUGAACCCGAUAGGUCGGCUGUGGCAGAGUCUCAAUUAAAGUCUGUUAGCCAAGGAGACAGACCUGUGGAGGAAUAUUUCACCAGAUUUUGGAAAUUGUGUGUUUCCUCUGGCUGGAACUAUCCAGCACUUAAGUGUCCGUUCAGGUUAGGGCUCUCUGAAGAUUUGAAGGAUAUGUUGGUCAGUUAUACCCUCCCUGACACUUUAUAGUAGACGAUGACUUUAGCUGUCAGACUGGACCGACGUAUAAGGGAAAGACAAAGAGAGCAGCUGAUAUUUUCACAGCUGGUGGUUAAACCUGACUUCACCCUUGAGAGUCAAAUAGAUGAAUCAUCCAGAAGAGCCCAUGCAACUCGGAAUGACCAUGAGGGAUCAAAGAUGUCAGAGGGGUGCCUGCUUUUAUUGCGGAGAAUCAGAUCACUGGUUACAACAACGUCCUAAAAUUCCUCCCUCCAGGAGAUCUUUGUGUCCUGAUCACCAGAAGGAUAAGGUACCCCCUAAGGUGGUUAAAGAGAAGAUAUUGUUACCUGUGACUAUUUCUUUUGGUUCUUGUAAUGGGUCUGGGAAGGCAUUUAUUGAUUCAGGGUCUGCCUCUAAUUUUAUUGACCACAAUUAUGUGCUUUCCCUUGGGGUGCCCACUGUGCCUCUUGUUAACCCCAUUCAUCUUAUUGCUAUUGACUCCACCCCUUUGGUGGGUGGAACAGUAGAAUAUUGUACCCCUGAGGAGACCUUGACUGUGGGGGCCCUCCAUGUGGAGUAUGGUUCUUUUUUGGUAUUAAAGAAUUUACCCGUGGAGAUAGUUCUUGGCAUGCCUUGGCUCCAGGUUCAUAACUUAUUCCGGGAUCUAAGUACCCUAGGGGUCGUAUUUAUAAUUUGUCUGGUCCGGAAUGGGAGUCUGAGGGACUAUUUGAAGGAGA